AAAAUCAACAUGGCGACGACAGGGAAAAAAGAAGAUAUAAUGAUUCUCAACCCUGAUCCCCCUCCAAAACAGGAAACGGGAAAUGUCUCUGCUACUAAACUAUCUCAACAAUUGCAGAAAUUAAUGUUGAGAAUGAAGGGUGAGUGUAUGCAGGAGGAUGGUAAAGGUGUGGACUACAGCAAGCUCAAAGAUUCUCCAAGCUUUAAAGAAUACAAACAGGAGGUGGCCCAGCUACACGAAGUGGAACUGUCCGAGCUGACGGACACACAAACUAAAGUCUUCUUCAUCAAUCUAUACAAUGCCCUGACUAUACAUGGCCUCGGCGUGAUGGACACCCUACCUAAGUCAGUACUGGAUGUCGGCCAGUUCUGGAAGAUAACCUGCUACAAAAUUGGGAAGAAUGUGUACAGUUUGGAUAACAUGGAGCAUGGUAUUCUUAGAGGUAACCGACCACACCCUGCCACAAUAGACAAGCCGUUCGAUUCUGAUGACCCAAGACUCAAGUAUGCUUUGAAACAAUUGGACCCCCGUAUUCACUUUGCUCUAGUCUGUGGAGCAGUGUCUUGUCCAGCCAUAAACGUUUACACGGAGACCAACAUUGACGCAGCACUGGAUAGUGCCACCAAGAACUUCUGUGCACAGGAGGUGUCUAUGUUCAAUGAAUUUGAUGAAAUCUGGCUGUCCCGCAUCUUCCAGUGGUACAGGUCCGACUUUGGGGUCACAGAAAUUGACGUCAUCAAAUGGACCAUGCCAUUCCUGGAGAAAAGUAUUGCAGACCGUGCACAUGUUAUCCUGGCAAAGAUAGAGAAUGUCGGAAAAGUAAAAAUAAAUUAUAACGAGUAUGAUUGGAGAUUAAACCUUCCAGGAUCACGACCUAUCAACCUUUAAUAAGGUCAAAAGGUCAUGACAUGUCAUCUUAUCAAAGUCAAAAGGUCAUACCCUGUCAACAUCACGUCAAGGUCAAAGGGUCAUGUGUUGUAAUUAACUUAGUUUAUUCAGAAUGCAGGCAUAUCUGCCACUAUUUUCAGAUCAUAGCCCAUAUUAAGGACUAAUCAAGGUUAACUCUACUCUUUUCUGAAAUAAAUCAUUAUGAUUAUCAAACUCUAGGGGGAAAAGAUGCGGGAAGUCUAAAAGUUUAUAAUAGAAGUGACAAGAUGUGAUGGAACGACACUUACAGCAUGAGGGGAAUAUCUUCCGCUAUACAAUCAACUCGUGUAUUCUCAUCCUAAUGUUACAUUUACUUAUCUGACUUUUGGCUCACAGGUUCUAGGAUACAUGUUUAAGAGGAAAUCAUGUUAAAAAGUAGUUUAUAUUGAGUAGGGUUAUUGGGUUAAUGUAUACAAAUGAUAUCCAACUGAUAAUUGAUGAUGAAUUAUACCCAGUCUCCUGAUCAUUCUCAAAUAUUAUCUAUGGUCUUCAGAAUAAGUUGGAUAUCAGAUUACUCCCAUAGUACCUAACAAGUGAAAACGUCAACUUUCUGUACUUGAACAGUAUUGUUUGUACAAGACUUCAGCCUGCAUGUCGGAUGUCGUAAGGCAUUGUAAUGCCAGCAAUACUAGUGUUAUCAUGAUAUAUAAUUACACAUCUGUCUGAAAUAUGAUAGCACAACCAUCAAUUUCUACUUUUCUGUAUAUUCAGUUAUAAAACAUUAUUAAUUUAAACAUUACACGUCAGAGUCAGUAGAUAAUCAAAGAAUUGCUGAGUUGAAUUAAUUUAAACAUCACAUAUCAGAGUCGGUAGAUAAACAAAGGGUUACUGAGUUGACAUGCAGGAUAAAUUUAAAUUCAUGCAAUAAAUGUGGGAAAAAAUGAAUGUUCAUCUUAAAAUGAAUGGAAUUUAAAACACAUGAUAUUACAUGCGGAGAGGAGGUCUCUUCAUUUCUAUUUGUUCCUGGUAUUAGCAAUAUUGAUUUGAAAGUCAUUUUGUAUUUUGGAGCAUUUAUGAUGAAUUUCCUCACUACUUAUUGAUAUUCCAUACCAAGCAGAGCCCGGAGUCUGUCAUUGUUGUUUUAAAUGGUUAUUUUUAUUGUAUUGUUGAGAGUUACAUUUUAUGUAUUUUUAUUUUUAUUCAUGGUUCACUCCAUCAACUGAUCAUGCUAGUGGUUGAAGAACAAACCUAAAAUCCAUGUGUAAAUUCCCUUAAAAUGAAAUUUCGCCAUAAACAUUCAAAUUUUAAUUGCAUAUACAACUUUUACUGAGUUAUGUUUGAUGUUAUUUAUAGAAUUACUGUUAAGUAAGAUACAUCAUUAAUGAGGAACGAUAGACAAAGUAUCAAACAAUUUUGAAGAAUGUUGUUAAAAGACAACUGAAGUAUUAGCUUCUGAAGUGGUAGCAGCUUCUAAUAGAGCUGCAUGAAACAUUAUUGUUAAGUUAUUGUUAUCCUGUUAGCCUGAGAUUUGAAAUGUUUGGCAGUUAGAGUAAUUAUAAAGCUUAUGGUGUGGAUAUUGGAUAUUGAAUAUUGGAUCACAUUCAUCAGUAAAACAAAUAGCCAAUUUGUCAAAUGAAAUUGUAAAUAAAAAAAAAAUAUGUAUCAACUAAUAUCAACAGGCAAUGCAUAGAAAAUCUCUGGAUUUUAAUUUCACAUGGUCCCAGGAAAUAAACGAUUCCAGUUACUUUGAUACAUAAUGUGGUACCUCAUUUAAAAGUGAGUUUGUAUACUAAACAGUGAGUACCCAAUCUUUACUAUUCUGAGAGAGAAAACCCCAGCAAAUUUGCCUUACUGAAUUUUAGGAACCUAAAUUACAAUAUUUCAGCCCACCAAAUGGCAUUGUUUAUACAAGGGCAUUAGUUAUACUAGUUUAUAAGCAGUAAUACUGAAACAUGCACUGACAAUAAGUACCACAAUCCCUAGUCAUAUUCCUAUUUUUAAUGGUACUUGUGUAUAUUUAAUUGCUAUACCUUUUUAUGGAUAGACUUAAAUAUAACUUGACCACAUGUAUAUUUGGCUGGACCUUGCUGUCAAGGAGGUGAGGAGCAUUGUUGGAUAUAUAAAUACACUGUUGAGGCCCGUGGACAUUGCUGCAGGUCUGUUUCCUCUCAAUCCUGAAGUAGUUGUUUUAUAAUCGAGGAACAAGCUAUUUCAACAGUUCAGUUAAAUGAUCUAGUCUUCCUUAAGUCAUGAUCAGCUUGGUGUUUUACACAAUGGAUCAGACUUAUUCCAUGUCUUACCAGGAUACUAUACUGUACAGUUGUUGAAUUUCACUGGGGGUUGAUAUUUCACAGCUGUCCCAAUCAAAAUAGUUUGUGGGGAUCAAAUUUUUCACGUCAUUGCCAAGUGAAAAUAAUUGGCUAUCACAAUUGUACUUUUAGUAAUGGGAUUUUAUAAAUGUUUCCAGGCUAUCACAAUUGUACUUUUAGGAAUGGGAUUUUAUAAAUGUUCAAGGCUAUCCCAAUUGUACUUUU